GCAGCGCAGCAGGGCGGAGCCUGCCUAUAAAAGCCGGAGUUACACUUUCUGCCAACUUCUGAGCGCUGCAUACUCGCCCUGAGCUGACUCCUAAUCUCUUUUCUCACGUGCAUCUCCAACCUGAGCAAGCAAGCAUGCCUUCAGAACUGGAGACAGCCAUGGAGUCCCUCAUCUUGGUAUUCCACCGCUACGCUUCUCGGGAAGGCAGGUACGGCACUCUCAACCGGCGGGAGCUCCGGGAGCUGAUGGAGAACGAGCUGUCCAACUUUUUAAGGUCCCAGCAGGACCCCGCUGCCGUGGACAGGAUCAUGAAGGACCUGGACACCAACAGCGACGGCCAGGUGGACUUUGAAGAGUUUGUGUCCCUCGUAGUGGGACUGUCCAUUGCAUGCGAGCGGUGCUAUCAGUUGCGCAUGAAGAAUGCGACCAAGAAAUGAAGAAAGAGACAGUUUCCUGAAGAGAACAUCAUUCCGCAUAGCAUUUCAUUGUAUUUUUCUUUUCUUUUUUUUUUUUUGCCUCGUGUCCAUUGAAAUGACUUAAAGGAUUUUAAACCCAG